AUGAAGCCUGUUUCCUCUCUCGGCGCCUUCCUGGCGGUCGCGUCUCUGGCCUUUGCGGCGCCCACAUCCAACUUUGAAGCCAACAAGCUCGUCGAUCCAAAAGAUUUGGUCGACUUGGUCGAAGAAGAACAACUCCUUGGUCUUGCUCAAGCCAUCCAAGAGUUUGCCUACGAAUCUCCUGAGAGGAACAGAUUCAUCGGCACCCCGGGCCUGGACAAGACUAUGGAUUUAAUCGAGCGUUCUCUCAACGGCCAAUUUGGGGACGAGUUCGACUACUACGACGUUUCGAGAGACUACUUCAAGUACAAGCACAAGGGCGAGGUGCUGAAGCUGUACAACGUCAUUGCUCAAACCAAGGGAGGUGAUCCGAACAAUGUCCUUCAACUCGGCGCCCACAUGGACUCGGUCGCUGCUGGGCCAGGCAUCAACGACAACGCCUCGGGUGGCAUCGCUCUCCUUGCCAUCGCCUACGACCUCGCCAAAGAGAAUUACACCGUCAACAAUGCCGUCCGGUUCUCGUGGUGGUCCGCUGAGGAAGAAGGACUCAUCGGCUCUCAACAUUACGUCAACGGGCUAAGCGAGGAGGAGCGCCAGAAGAUCCGCCUCUACCUCAACUUCGACAUGAUCGCCUCCCCUGCCGGCGAAUAUGGCAUCUACACCAGCGAGUUGGACAGUACGGGCUUCGAAGCCCCGCCAGGUGUGGAGGAGAAUGAAGAGUUUUUCCAAGACUAUUUUGACGACACCGGCCUGAAGUGGAAGACUGUCCAGCUCCGCGGUAACAGUGAUCACUGGCCGUUCGUCAAGGCCGGUAUCCCGACAGGUGGCCUUCACGCUGGCAAGGAUCCCAACUACCACACCGCCAACGACACUGUCGAAAACAUCAACAUGGACGUGUUUUUCGAAACGACCAAGGCCAUCGCCCAUGCCGUCGGGACCUACGCGCUGAGCUUCGACAGUCUGCCACCCAGGGACUUUCUCGACAAUCUGCAACCCAGGGACUUUCUCUGA